AUGGAGGACUCUAUUGCCAAUGUCGCUUCCGAGUCGAGUGGGCCUAUGCAAAUACAAGGUCGCCUUAAGACAGAGUGUCUUGCCCGUGAUGGUAACAGAUGUGUUGUGACUGGAUUUCUCGAUGGCGAAUCUCCUGAUGUAACCAGCACUAGCUCUGCAACAUAUACAGACUGUGUGCAUAUUAUCCCGUACUCUCUUGCACCGUCCUGCAUAGAAUCCGAAGGCUAUGCAAAAGAUAUCAUCUGGAUACACCUUCUACGCCAUUUUCCAAUUAUACAGACGAUAAAAUUUAACCGUGAGAAUAUCAACGAUACUGCUAAUGCAAUGACCAUGUCAAGUGAUUUACAUCGACACUUUGGCCUAUUCAAUUUUUCAUUCGAAGAAACUACUCGACCACAUGAAUACCGCAUUCAAAACUAUAGCCCAAAUUAUAGGGGAAUGGAUCUCUCUCGAACUGUGUUCUUUAAUUGGUACGACCGAAGAUACGAUCUCCCGCAUCCCGAGCUUCUUAAGAUUCAUGCGGUUAUCGCGCGGAUCUUUCAUGCAUCCGGCGCAGCGAAGCAGAUCAAGAAAGCGCUGGAUGACCUAGAAGACCUCUGUACACUAGCAAAGGACGGUAGCACUGAUAUUUCUUCUAUAUUGGCCGCAACAACACUAGGUGUCCUCGCUUCCCGUGGCGACAACGCCUGA